AUGGUCAAGUUUACCAAGCGACAAUGGCUCACCCUGAUUGUCAUCAGUAUCGCCGAUUUCGCGAAUGCUAUUUGUGUAUCGUUACAAGCCCCGUUCUAUCCUCAAGAGGCUGAGAAGAAAGGCGCGUCGCCAUCGGAAUAUGGAUUGGUCUUCGGGAUUUUCGAAUUGGUAGUUUUCGUUAUUAGCCCAGUCUAUGGACAGCAUCUCAAUCGAAUCGGUCCAAAGUUACUAUUCAAUGGCGGUAUCCUAACUACAGGAACUUGUGCUAUAUUUUUCGGUUUAUUGGACAAGGUCGAUGGUCAUUAUCCAUUCAUAAUUCUAUCUUUCUUGAUCAGAAUUGUGGAAGCAUUGGGAAAUGCUGCAUUUUUAACAGCUAGCUUUGCUAUUAUCGCAAAAGAAUUUCCGAACAAUGUCGCCACAACGUUCGCCAGCUUGGAAACCUUCUUCGGCUUGGGUCUUAUCGUAGGUCCCACUGUCGGAGGUGCACUUUAUGAGGUAGGUGGAUAUACCACACCAUUUGCAGUUCUUGGCUCAGCAUUAUUCGUAGCAGCUGUCAGUACCGCAUUCAUUUUACCCAUGCAUAACGAUAGCGAUCAUGAUGCUCACAACACCGGAGGAGUAACGAAAGUCUUGAAAAUCCCCGGCGUAAUGAUCGCCUCCAUGUCGAUAAUUGCGACAAGUAUGAGUAUUGGAUUUUUGCAAGCAACAUUGGAACCACAUCUGAGACAAUUCAAUUUGAGCCCAGUCGUGCUAGGAUUAAUGUUUGUCAUUAAUGGUGGCACUUACGCGGUAACCGCACCAGCAUGGGGUUGGCUUUGCGACAAUUAUUGGCAUCCAAAGGUAGCAACCGUUGCCGGUUGUGUUCUCGUAAUGAUCGGUUUCUCCCUGAUCGGUCCAGCACCGUUCAUUCCGUCGUCUACUAUAAUGUUGAUGACCAUCAGCGGUCUUGUGAUCCAUGGUUUAGGCAUGGCUGCUCAACUGGUUGCAAGCUUCACGGAUGCCUUACGGACCUCCAUAUCGUUUGGAUUUCCAAAUAAUCUUGAAACCUACGGACUCAUUAGUGGAUUGUGGACAAGUACUUUUGCCCUCGGAGCAUUCAUCGGCCCUAGUAUUGCUGGGAUUCUACUAGACAACAUUGGUUUCAGAAAUGGUUCUAUGUUUAUCGUAUUACUUCAUAUGCUAGUGGGUGUGGUAGCUACAGUAUUCUUGACUACUUGUACCCGUACACCUAAACCGUACACCGAUAUCGGCGCGGUCGAAGAUCCCAGAGUACCACUGGUGGAGAGCGGCCGAUUGGGCAGUGGCAGUCUACAUCAGAACGGACGGGGCCAAAGUGUGCCGAUCGAUAGGCAUGCCGGCGGCAUGAACUCGCUGAUCGUGUGCAACAGUUAUUCGAAUAGAGCCGGUGCAUGGUCCAGAGCAUCGUAUAGCGGUCGCUACUCUCACAGUUACGGCUCCAUAGAGAAUAAACGUUAUUUGGAGCUCACCACGUGAUAUUGAACGUUCGGGAAUGGUAUCAAGGGUUUAGGAUUCUGUUACUUUCUGCUACUAUUCGCCAUCAUUCAUUCUCUGGCUUCGAUCAUCGAGAUCUUCAAUCUUUCAGUUUUUCCGCGAGACUUCAUUCAACCGUAAAUGCAAAAGACUGUUUAUUAUUCAAAAAGAAUAUUGACCGAAAAUUAAUAUCCCAUUAUUACGUCUCACUUUAUCAGUAAGUUAAUGUUAAACAGAAAUUUAGAUUUCAUUUAGAAUUUACAAUAUCUCUAGUAAUAUAUAUAUAUGUAUUCUACUACAGAUAUUAUAAAUUCUAAAUGAAAUUUCUAUUGUUAUACAAUUAUUUCAUAAAGUUUACUUGAACUAAUAAUAAUACCGCAAUAACAGUAAUAAAAAACGGUAUUAACAAUCAAAAAUCUUAUUGGCACAAUUUAAUUAAAAUUAAUUUUACUACAAAAAUGUGCAAAUUCUAAAUAACAUAUAUUUAAUUUAUGUUAAAUAUAAAACUUUUUGAUGCCACAUGAUACAUCGCAACUAUGCUGAAUUAUCAGUAGAUAGUGGAUAGAAUUAUAAUAAUUAUUACAAAAAAAGCAUUUUUUCGCAAAUUGCUUAUAAAAAAUGGUUUACUUCGUUAAUUCUUGCGGAUAUUGCGAUAUUAUUUUUCUCACAAUUUCUAUGCGUAAUCUUAAUUUUUUAAUCUUAAAGUUAAUCUUAUAAUGCAAAAAGAUUAUAAAAAUUUUUUACUUAUACAAUACUAAUUAAAUUGGAAGACUUUAUAUAUCCUUGAGAAUAUAAUUUUGUUUAUGAAUCUUCGGUAUACUCGGUAUCUUCCUGCCUAAAGUUUCUGUAUAUGCAAAAAACUGUAUAUGCAAAAAGUUACAAAAUAUUAUAUUGAAAUAAUCAAUCGCAGGAAGAAAAAGAGGAGCGAACGAAACACACGCUGAUGCAUAAAACGCUUCAAGCAGUAUUCGCAGAGUGCGUUAUCGCCGAUCGCUUUAUCACGAUUUACUUAAAUAGACUCAUACUAUAUACUCUUUCGGUUAAGUUCAAUUUGACUUCAACUUUCCAGCUGCUAUUAC